UUUUGCCUAACGAAGAAACUUUAAUACCCAACUCAAUUCAUUCUCACCUCACCACUCUCCCUCUGUAACUCAUUAGAAUUCUCCAUCAAGCAGCCUACUUCCACUUUCCUCAUCCACCUCUGCUCUCUAUAUUAUAUCUUAUUUCCUCAUACUCCCAUACAAUGCUUCUUACAAUCAUAUUCACCGUAAUAACAAUAGUAGGGAGCUACUACUUGUAUAACUAUUUAACCGACAAAUCAAAAAAUAAUAAAUUAAAUCAUGAUCUAGAUUUAAUUAAUUUUCACGUUUAUCAAGAUAUCCUCUUCUAUAAGCCCUUUUUAAGAGCAAAUUUGUCUAAACAAGAUAACUACUGGAAACGGAUCUUUUCAAAUAUAAUCUACAAACUAAACCCUUCAAACUCUUCUUCUGGCAGAUCAAACUCCUCUAACUUGUCUCUUGACGAAAUGAUCGAACCGGUAGAAUUGCAGUACUUUUUAAACUACAAAAUUCUAAAAGACUGGUUCAGCAUAGACUUUAGAAACUUUAAAUCAGACAUAUUCGUCGUCAAAGAACUCAAAGAAUUUGAAAACGAAUUCAGCGAAUACAUCGAUAACAACUCGGUCAAUGAUGAUUUGAGCCAAAGAGAAGAUUUCACAAACAACCUAAUGCAAAAAUACUGUAAAACCUUUUCCUCCUACGACAAACUAAAAUUCAAAAUGUGCCUUUACGAAUCAAUAGAACUAAUUGAAAUGGUCCAUGCAGUUGAUAUGAAAUCACAAAUUGAAAGAUCUCUAUCUGCUACAACAACUGAAGGUGAAGAAGAAGAUGAUGAUCCUCAUGAAGAUUAAUCUAUCUAUCUAUUUAUCUAUCUAAAAUAUCCGAAUCUUAACCUAUUAGACUGAAAAUAAACUAUCUAUACACCCAUUCACUCUCUCUUAUAUAUACAUAUAUAUAUAUACACCUACAUUUAAAAUUUUUUAUACUCUUUCCUUUGUUCUCUUUCCUUUAUUCUAGUUCUAAUAAAUUCUUGUUUCUUACGUUUCUUACGUUUCUUAUAUUUCUCUCAACUUCCAUAUAUCCUCGCUACUUCCCUCUUGCUUCUUCAUCAUCAAUUUCUCCUUAUAAAACAACUGAAUGUUUCGUUUUUUAAUAUCUUCUGAAUUUAUAGAAUUCUUUAAACAAAAUUUAAACUUCUCCAGCUGACUAUUACAAUAAUCAAUCUCCCCAUAUCUAUAAACAUUUCGAAACUGUCCAACAACCGAAUAACACUGAAAUAAAUCGUCAAAUGCUGUUAAACAUGACAUCUCACU